CGGCUGGGCCUCUCGCUCCUCCGUCGGCUGUGUUGGCGCCGGCAGCCCGCCGCAGGCCUCGGCCUCGUCCGGCUCUCUGACGCAGACGGGAACAUCAUGUCCGCGGCCGAGCCUCCGCCACCCCCGCCUCCCGAGAGCGCGCCUUCCAAGCCCGCAGCCUCGGGCGCCGGCGGCGGGAGCGGCGGCAGCAUCGGCGGCGGCUGCAACAAAGGCGGCCCCGAGGGCGGCGCGGCGCCGGCGGCCGCUCCUGCAGCCAGCGCGGGCUCCGCGGACGCCGAGAUGGAGGAAGUAUUUGAUGAGGCAUCACCUGGAAAGCAAAAAGAAACCCAAGAACCAGAUCCUACCUAUGAAGAGAAAAUGCAAACUGACAGAGCAAAUAGAUUUGAGUAUUUGUUAAAGCAGACAGAGCUGUUUGCGCACUUCAUUCAGCCUGCUGCUCAGAAGACUCCAACCUCACCUCUGAAAAUGAAACCAGGACGUCCAAGAAUAAAAAAAGAUGAGAAACAGAACUUACUGUCAGUUGGCGACUACCGACAUCGUAGAACAGAGCAAGAGGAAGAUGAAGAACUGUUAACAGAAAGCUCCAAAGCCACCAAUGUUUGCACUCGAUUUGAAGACUCUCCAUCAUAUGUAAAGUGGGGUAAACUGAGAGAUUAUCAAGUCCGAGGAUUAAAUUGGCUCAUUUCUUUGUAUGAGAAUGGCAUCAAUGGUAUCCUGGCAGAUGAGAUGGGUCUGGGAAAGACUCUUCAAACAAUUUCUCUCCUUGGGUACAUGAAACACUAUAGAAAUAUUCCUGGUCCUCAUAUGGUUUUGGUACCGAAGUCUACAUUGCACAACUGGAUGAGUGAAUUCAAGAGAUGGGUACCAACGCUUAGGUCUGUUUGUUUGAUAGGAGAUAAAGAACAAAGAGCUGCUUUUGUCAGAGAUGUUUUAUUGCCAGGAGAAUGGGAUGUAUGUGUAACAUCUUAUGAAAUGCUUAUCAAGGAAAAAUCUGUGUUCAAAAAAUUUAAUUGGAGAUACUUAGUUAUAGAUGAAGCUCACAGGAUCAAAAAUGAAAAAUCUAAGUUGUCAGAAAUAGUGAGGGAAUUCAAGACUACAAAUCGAUUGUUGUUAACUGGAACGCCACUGCAGAACAACUUGCAUGAACUUUGGUCACUUCUUAAUUUUUUGCUGCCAGAUGUGUUUAAUUCAGCAGAUGACUUUGAUUCCUGGUUUGAUACAAACAACUGCCUUGGGGAUCAGAAGCUAGUUGAAAGACUUCAUAUGGUUUUGCGUCCAUUUCUCCUCCGGCGAAUCAAGGCUGAUGUUGAAAAGAGUUUGCCCCCGAAGAAGGAAGUAAAGAUCUAUGUGGGUCUUAGCAAAAUGCAAAGGGAAUGGUAUACUCGGAUAUUAAUGAAGGAUAUAGACAUUCUAAAUUCAGCAGGGAAGAUGGACAAAAUGAGGUUAUUGAACAUCCUGAUGCAGUUGAGAAAAUGCUGUAAUCAUCCAUAUCUCUUUGAUGGAGCUGAGCCUGGUCCACCUUAUACAACAGAUAUGCAUCUAGUUACCAACAGUGGCAAAAUGGUUGUGUUAGACAAACUUCUCCCUAAAUUAAAGGAACAAGGUUCACGAGUGCUAAUCUUCAGUCAGAUGACAAGGGUAUUGGACAUUUUGGAAGAUUAUUGCAUGUGGAGAAAUUAUGAGUAUUGCAGGUUGGAUGGGCAGACGCCCCAUGAUGAGAGACAAGAUUCCAUUAAUGCAUACAAUGAACCAAACAGCACAAAAUUUGUUUUCAUGUUAAGCACACGUGCUGGUGGUCUUGGCAUCAAUCUUGCUACAGCUGAUGUAGUAAUUUUGUAUGAUUCAGAUUGGAAUCCUCAAGUAGAUCUUCAGGCUAUGGACCGAGCUCAUAGAAUUGGACAAACCAAGACAGUCCGAGUGUUCCGCUUCAUAACUGAUAACACUGUGGAAGAAAGAAUAGUAGAACGAGCCGAGAUGAAGCUCAGGCUAGACUCAAUAGUCAUUCAACAAGGAAGACUUGUGGAUCAGAAUCUGAACAAAAUUGGGAAAGAUGAGAUGCUGCAGAUGAUUCGGCAUGGGGCAACACAUGUGUUUGCUUCAAAGGAGAGCGAGAUUACUGAUGAGGAUAUUGAUGGUAUUUUGGAAAGAGGUGCAAAGAAGACUGCAGAGAUGAAUGAGAAACUCUCCAAGAUGGGUGAAAGCUCACUUCGAAAUUUUACAAUGGAUACAGAAUCGAGUGUUUAUAAUUUUGAAGGAGAAGAUUAUAGAGAAAAGCAAAAGAUUGCAUUCACAGAGUGGAUUGAACCACCUAAACGAGAAAGGAAAGCCAACUAUGCUGUUGAUGCAUAUUUCAGGGAAGCUCUUCGUGUUAGUGAACCAAAAGCUCCCAAGGCUCCUCGACCUCCAAAACAGCCCAACGUUCAGGAUUUUCAAUUCUUUCCCCCACGUUUGUUUGAAUUACUGGAAAAAGAAAUUCUGUAUUACAGGAAGACUAUUGGGUACAAGGUACCUCGAAGUCCUGACCUGCCAAAUGCAGCACAGGCACAGAAAGAAGAACAACUUAAAAUUGAUGAAGCUGAACCCUUGAAUGAUGAAGAGUUGGAAGAAAAAGAGAAGCUUCUAACACAGGGAUUUACCAAUUGGAAUAAGAGAGAUUUUAACCAGUUUAUCAAAGCUAACGAGAAAUGGGGUCGUGAUGAUAUUGAAAAUAUAGCAAGAGAAGUAGAAGGAAAAACUCCAGAAGAAGUCAUUGAAUACUCAGCUGUGUUCUGGGAAAGAUGCAAUGAACUUCAGGACAUAGAGAAAAUUAUGGCUCAGAUUGAAAGGGGAGAGGCAAGAAUUCAGAGAAGAAUAAGUAUCAAAAAAGCACUUGAUACAAAGAUUGGGCGAUACAAAGCACCUUUUCAUCAGCUGAGAAUAUCAUAUGGUACCAAUAAAGGCAAGAACUACACCGAGGAAGAGGACCGUUUUCUGAUUUGCAUGCUUCACAAGCUUGGAUUUGACAAGGAAAAUGUUUAUGAUGAGUUGCGGCAGUGUAUUCGAAAUUCUCCUCAGUUCAGAUUUGACUGGUUUCUAAAAUCCAGAACCGCAAUGGAACUCCAGAGGAGGUGUAAUACCUUGAUUACAUUGAUUGAAAGAGAAAACAUGGAACUAGAAGAAAAGGAGAAGGCAGAGAAAAAGAAACGAGGACCAAAGCCUGCAACACAGAAACGUAAAAUGGAUGGAGCACCUGAUGGUCGAGGAAGGAAAAAGAAGCUGAAACUAUGAAUCCUUCUUUGUUUCAUAAUCACUAACCUUAAACCAGUAGUUCUUUAAUUUACGGGUCUUCAUAAGAUGUACUGUACAAUGCUCAAUUGUCAUGUCAUUCAGACAUCAGAUCCAUCUGUUUACUGAGCUAGAAACAUAGAUGGUAGUUUCUCUUUUUUAAAUGCAACAGCUGUGCUGAGAUUUUUUUAUCAUUAACACUUGAAAAUAAAAAUAGGCUUCAUUUAUUAA